AUGGACCUGCCGCCGCUGCAUCACCCGCGCAGCUACCAGCACCACACCAGCGGCGGGGGCGCGCCCGCCGUCGGUGCUGGUGCUGGUGCUGGUGCUGGCUCUGCUGGUGCCACCAGUGGCCAAGCCGCUGGCGCCGCGGUCCUCACGCCGAAUUCGGCCACCUCACCCGCGACGACGAUUCCGUCGCCGGCCUCUGCGUCGUACCCCCGCUCCCAGGACGGUGCCAGGUACGACUAUGGCGGCGACUCGGGCCAAGAAGGCACGCUCCCCGCUGUGGGCGAUGAGCCGCCCAAGAAGAAGCAGAAGCGCAACAAACCCACGCUGUCCUGCCACGAGUGCGUCGAGCGCAAGACCAAGUGCGACAGAGGGCGGCCACAUUGCCUGGCUUGCAUCAAACGGCAGACAGAAUGUCGAUACGCUCAUGUUGCGAAUCUACUCGAGGAGACCUCCCGAUCGGUGGCCAACGGCCGCCGCAUGACGAAGCCGCCAAAGAAGAAACCCGUGGCGGAUGGCAAAUUGUCAAUUCCAAACAUUGCCGAUAGGGGCGCCAUCGUUGAUCACGAUGCGUCGUCGCGUGGCGCUGUAGCACUCUCACUCGGACUACUUUCACACGUGCCGUAUUCGGUAACAGGAGCGAGCAACGUUUUUGGCAUUGGAUCCGAGCACCCAUUCGCAAACUACUGGACAUGCGAGGGAGGUCUUCCGGAAGUGAUAUCGGUCUUGCCCGAAAAGAUCCAGGCCGACAUCUUGUUGGCACGAUAUUUUGAGUGCGUCGACCCGGUGUAUCCAAUGAUCCACCGGCAAACAUUCUACGCCGAUUACGAGCACUUUUGGCAGCUAAAUGUGCCGGAGAGGAACAAGACAGAUGCUGCAUUCGUUGGCCUCAUUUUCGUCAUGCUUGCUCUCGGCACCCAGUUUGUCACCUCGACGUCGCCUAAAGAGCGCAAGCAGACGGCGGAAUUCUACGCUUCAGCGAGCAACCAGGCGCUGCGCAUGUCAUCAUACCUGAGCACAGCGUCGCUCAGUUCUAUCCAGGCCAUGGUUCUAUUGACUUACUUUCUCAUCAAUGACAAUCAUGCGUCGGAUGGCUGGGCGUUCGCCGGCAUUCUCAUUCGGCAGGCAUAUGCGAUGGGCUUGCACCGAGAUCCCAACAUAGUGACGCCAAAUGCAAACCCAUUCGAGAAGCAGCAGAGGAGAAAAGUGUGGCAGGCCGUCCUUUUGCAGGACACGUUCCUCACCGUGCUGCUGUCCCUUCCACCGUCAGCGACACACACUGAUGUGUCGGUGGAAGACUUGUUGGACGACAGCGCUUCCAUUGCCAGUAGCGAUCCGAUGGAUACGGCCUAUAUCCGGGGUUCCUGGAUGCUGGCAAAUCUGGUUCAGGAGACGAUUUGCUCGCCACGAUCAUUGGACCUUCCGAUAUGCGCAACAGCGAGACACAAGUCGAAACUGGUCGCCGACUUUCGCGCGGUGUAUAGAUCAUUUCCUGACGUCUUCCGGUCUUGGGACGCGUACAGCUUGACAAGGCUGGCAGCGACCAACAAGCGAAUCAUACGACAAACUCUGUUCUUGACCAGCAACUACUUCCACAACCUCAUGUUGGUGCACGCGUCUGAAUGUCCAGACGUGCCUGUUAACGUGAGGGGAACGCUGGAGGCGGCGCAUGACGCCAUCAGCGCAUUCUUCUUGCUGUUCAGCCUUCUGGAGUCAGAAGCGCGUGUCUGGUGGGUUUUCCAGCAUCGCGCAUUCCUCGAGGCGCUGUGCAUCGGCAACGUUCUGCGUGAGGUAACCAGGGAACCUGGAGGCAAGGACCUCCUUCUGCGGGAUCCACUGUUCGUGAGGGCAAAAGCCGAUAUCACGCGUAUGAUACAGAUUAUGCAGUUGAUGGACGAGGAAGGCAGUGUAAGCCUUACAAGGGUCAGCCUGCUGAGCGAAUAUCUGGAGUGA